AUGAACUCGUCAUCCCUCGGACAGUCAUCAACAAGCUCGUCGGACAAGCUACGGCUUCCUACACUAUCGCUCGCGGGGUCGUCGAGCGACGAGUCUACAAGUCCCAUGGACCCGGGCAGCUACAUGGAUGCGGCGUCUGACAUUGUCCCUGCCCUGGAUGCGCGGCCGCACUCUCCUUCGCAGUCCCCAUUGUCCAGCUACUUCAAGACCAAUAUCACACUCGACGCAUCGAUGCCGGAAUCAUGGGGGGCGUCGUCGGAUCGCGUUCGACAAGAAGCGCUGCCGGCAGCCCACGAGUGUCUGUCGUGGCCCGGGUCCUACAGCGUGCACAAGGCGCCGGCAGGCGGGCAGCAGGCAGCGAAGCAGCGAGCGCUCCGAAUUGCGGUCGCGCAUCGACAGCUGUCGAGCGUGGAGCUGCUACUCAAGUACGGCACCGACGUCAACUAUAUUGGUGACACAGGGCGGACGGUGUUGCACGACGCGGCCGAGUCCAACGACGGGGACAUGGUGCGGAUGCUGCUCGAGCGCGGCGCCAACGCCGAUUUAAUGGACAAGGCUGGGAUCACGGCGCUGGAGGUGGCCUCGUCGCUGGGAAACUUGGAAGUGGCGGAGAUUCUACUUAAAUCGAGCUUGGGAUAA